AUUGAAUCAUUGGACUAUAACUAAGAAUAGCACUAUUUGACCCACCAUUUAGAUUUAUCCCCUAAAUGCCUAUCUAUUGUAAAUUGUUGUCCACCAUUUGCUGCAUUUAUAGUCCAGUAUUUCUUGGACAUGGUUUAGGGAAUGAAAAAGAUCAACGAGGAAAGAAAAUAACAUUUUUAAACAGUUCUAUGUUGAUGUUUGUGAAUUUGGACCAUUCCUCAAAGAAAUAACCUAUUUGUUCUUGAAAUGGUACAUAAAAGGGUUGGCUAUAAUCAACAUCUCAAUUCAAAGAUUCUGACUUUAUCUCCAGAUAUUUUGUUUUUUUGUGGCUAUAACCUAUUUGUAUGCAACUCCAUAUUCCAUCUCUUUCAAGAGUUAAGAUUACUACUUUACAUGGCAGACAGCGUGAAACAUGGGAUUAAUCAAAUGAAUGACAACCUCAGAAAGAAACUCAAAGUUGACUAUUUCUUUGGAGGACUUUCUAAGAUCUGGUGGUGCAAAACCACAAGCAAAAGGUCUUUUCCGCGACUGUAUACAACUACUUCCUAUAGGAAAGUAUGUUUGAGGUUCAUACUUGAUUCUUAACAUCUUGUGUAUAUAUUACUCCCACAUGAAACACAGAGACUUCAAAACACAAAUUUGUGUUAUACUCUUCCACAAGUUUCAUGGAGAAACGUUGUAUUCAUCUUGCUGUUAUAUUAUUGCUGCUUCAGCAAAUCAAAACUACUUUUUCUAUGGUUAACAUCACAACUGAUCAAACAGCGCUUCUUGCCUUGCAAUCUCAAAUAUCUUUAUACGAUCCUCACAAUGUCUUGGGAAGAAACUGGUCCACUUCCACCCCAGUCUGUAGUUGGAUUGGAGUUACUUGUGGCCCUCGCCACGGAAGAGUCACUGCCUUGAAUCUUUCUAGUAUGAACCUUAAAGGAAUGGUUCCAACUCAGCUUGGCAAUCUGUCGUUUCUCAUUUCCCUCGAUAUCAGAAACAAUAACUUCCAUGGGAGUUUGCCCGAAGAGUUAGCUCGUUUGAGGAGAAUGAAAAGGAUCAAUGCCAUGAACAACAACUUUACUUGUACAAUCCCGUCAUUUUUCGGCAUGUUACCUAACCUUCAGUCCUUGUACCUUUCGUUUAACCAAUUGUCUGGUAACAUCCCUCCUUCUCUUUUCAAUAUAACAAAGCUAAAAGAUUUAAGACUUAGAGGGAACAUUCUUGGUGGAAAAAUUCCUCAAGAAAUCAGUAGCCUUUGUUGCCUGAAUUUCAUAGAACUGCAAGAUAAUAAGCUUACAGGCGCUAUACCACCAACUAUGUUUAACCAGUCAUCGCUUAAACAGAUUGGCCUGACAAAUAACAUUCUUUAUGGGAAACUACCGGGAAAUAUAUGUGACAAUCUUCCAAAUUUAGAGGCACUUGCUCUUUCCAAAAAUCAGUUUGACGGUUUGAUUCCUCCAAAUCUGCAGAACUGCUCUAAACUUGAGAUAUUAUCAUUGUCUGAAAAUGAUUUCACUGGAACCAUACCGGCAGAGAUCGGGAACUUAACUAUGCUGACAGUUCUGCAACUUGGGCCUACCUACUUGAAAGGUGAAAUACCAAGGGAGCUUGGAUAUCUUCAAAGACUCCAAAUAUUUGGAUUGUAUCAAAACAGGCUGAGUGGUUCAAUUCCAGCAAGCCUUUUCAACAUUUCAACCCUCCAAAUCUUGACAAUUGUGGAUUGCCAGCUAACAGGUAGUCUACCAUCAAACAUAGGCCAAGGGACACCACAUCUCAAAGAAAUUUAUUUGGGAAUAAAUAAUCUCAGUGGAGUCUUCCCUGAGUCUAUUUCGAAUGCUUCAAGACUCACUGUUCUAGACCUUUCUUACAACAAGUUCUCAG